UCAAAUGUUCUCCUGACGGCGCUCCCCCCCUUAAGAGGUGGUGGGAGGGGCAGGCUCCCAGAGCAGCCCUGGGCAGCCGCCAGCGCACCUGGUACUGGCCUGUCCUGGGUUUGUCCUGCGCCGCGUUCCCUCGCACGGGUGCGUUGGGGGCCGUCCCGUGCCUUCUACCGACAUGGUUAUCAAAGUGUUUGUGGCCACUUCUUCCGGGUCCAUAGCGAUCAGGAAGAAGCAGCAGGAGGUGGUGGGCUUCUUGGAAGCGAAUAAAAUCGACUUUAAAGAACUGGAUAUCGCUGGAGAUGAGGACAACAGGAAGUGGAUGAGAGACAAUGUGCCUGGAGAGAAGAAACCCCAGAAUGGGAUCCCGUUACCGCCCCAGAUCUUCAAUGAAGAGCAGUACUGCGGGGAUUUUGAUUCUUUCUUCUCUGCGAAAGAAGAGAAUAUUAUCUACUCCUUCCUGGGCUUGGCUCCGCCUCCAGGCUCAAAGGUGACAAAAGCGCCAGAGGAAGCCUCGUCCCUUUCCAACGGAGAUGUGGUGGGAGAGGCGGAGAGCCCCACAGAGGGGACAGAGAAAACCGAAGAGAGUGGAGAGAACGAGGCCCAGCAAGACGACCCCGAAGCCGCCGAGAAGAACAGGCCAGAUGAGACAGCAGAGGAGGAGGGAGCUGAAGAGGAAGCAGAGGUAGACGGGGCAGAGGAAGGAGGCGAGGAGGAGGGCGAGGAAGACUCUUAGGCCUGUGCCUGCAUUUCUUCACCUUUUCCAGAACACCCAAACCAUGAAGCAGCAUUUCCAAAGCCUCCCCACAAAGCAACCUCAGCGAAGUACUUGGGCCUGAGACUAGCUCUCCUCGCUCAGCAU